GAGCGAGAGAGAUUGGGCGAAGACCAACCCCCCCUGGAUGUUUCAGUUAGGUUCUGCUGCUCCGGUGUCUUGCUUGUCAGUUCUCUCUUGUGCGGUGGUUAGUGGAUUCUCUUCAACGCAUUGAUAAGAUCUCUACAAAUAAUAUUCAAGGAGUUGGACAAUAAGCGGCUCAGUCAAGACUCCUUCAAACAGAGCACAUGAGCACCCCUGGUGGCAUUGACAAGCAUAACGCCUGUGAUCAGAGACGUGGGGAAAGAGAACCACGACCUGACUCAGCUGCAACUAACAUCUUCUUGUCUAUUGGAUUAUAGUUCUGUCAUUGUAUGGAGCGAAACUCACAGAGAGCCCCCAUACCAACUGGUAUUGAUCGGUAACUGAAGCAUGACAAGUUAAACUAUGCAUUAAUUAAUACCUAGAAUAAGGUAUUAAAAAGUCAACCAAAGAGUUCACUAAAGAAGACAACAAACUACAGAAACAUGGAGAUGGAAGCCUCCCGUGCUGCUUACGCUGGGGCCUUCCCCACUGAAUCUAUAGGCUCUCUACCCACCAACACCUCCUCUCCAAGCCUGCUCCAAUUCUUCUGGGAUUACCAGAACAAUGAUGUCAUUGUGACGCACUACAACUACACAGGCAAGCUCCACACAGACCGGUAUCGUGAAGGGUUAAAACCUGAAGCCAUAGCCUUCCUGGUAGUGUGUCUUCUUAUCGUCCUGGAGAAUGCUGUGGUUCUAAUAGCCAUCUGGACCAAUAAGAAGUUCCACCUGCCCAUGUACUAUCUCCUAGGUAACCUGACUCUGUCAGACCUCCUGGCCGGUGUCACCUACAUGGCCAAUAUCAUCAUGUCUGGUCCUAAUACACUGAGACUAACUCCAAUACUCUGGUUUCUGAGGGAAGGAGGCGUCUUUAUCACAUUAGCCGCCUCCGUUAUCAGCCUAUUGGCCAUCGCGAUAGAACGCCACGUUACCAUGGUGACAAUGAAACCAUACCACGGGGCAAAGAAGGGUCGGCUGCUGGCUCAUCGGGGGAGCUGGGCGUUAGCAGGGCUGCUGGGGGUGCUCCCCGUCCUGGGCUGGAACUGUAUGGGUCGCCUGGACCGCUGUUCCACGGUUCUCCCGCUCUACGCCAAGUCUUACAUCCUGUGCUGCGUGUCCGUGUUCAGCGGCGUGCUCCUCGCCAUCGUCGUUCUCUACGCCCGUGUCUUCCGUAUCGUGCGCACUAACACCCAGCGCCAACGCCUCGGAGGAGCAAAGGGAAGCCUUCGCAAAGGCCUCGCCAGGAAAUCCCAGAAGUACAUGGCGCUCCUCAAGACAGUCACUAUUGUACUUGGCGUCUUCAUCGCUUGUUGGUUGCCACUCUUCCUCCUCCUCGGCCUAGACUCAUUCUGCCCUGCCCGCCGCUGCCGACUGCUCCUCAAGGCGGACUACUUCCUGGGUGUUGCCAUGGUGAACUCGCUCCUCAACCCCAUAAUAUACACCCUGACCAGCAAAGACAUGCGUCGCGCUAUUUUAAAACUGCUCUGCCGCCCGUGUCUCAUGACCAAGGACGGGCAGGUGAAGAGGAUGGGGGUGCCGUUCCUGGAGUGUAGCUUCAGUAAGACGGAGGUGGCAUCGAAGAAGCUGGAAGGCCUGGAGACGACGAUCUCCUCUGGGAACAUCGUCACGGCUCAGUCACCCAUAAAGACUCUCUACCCCAAGCUCUUCAAGGUCUAAAGAGCCUAAUGUGGAUAGCUCUGUGAUGGACAGGGAACUAACUCCCUAUAGAAGAUGGACAACAUAAGUGCUCCAUAUGGCCUCCUGAAAAGACAGACCUGAAGGACCCUUUGGGCAGCUCUGUGUUUAAGAGAGUAAACCAUAGAAUUAGGGGCUUUGUCCCUUCCAGUAAUUGUAUUUCUAUGGAGUGAACUUCAUAUUGAAGUGGUGGACAACAGGAGUGCUCAAUAUGGCCACCUGAAAACGGCAUCACUUCCUGUUUGGCAAUUCAACUCCAAUGGCCUCCGGCCGACUAGCCUACAUCUAUAGCUCUCUUCUGGCCAAUGAACUAAGCCUAAGAGCAAACCCUGA